GUGUCGAUGGAGGGCUGCAGUGCAUGUCCAUCAGGCUCCUACUGCUCCGCCGAGGGCCUCCCGGGCCCCACGGGACCCUGCUCGGCUGGCUUCUACUGCCCCUUUGACUUCUCCUCCACAACGCCAUACGCCUUCCUCUGUCCUAAGGCAACCCAUAGCCUUUUACUGAGUCCCAGGGCCCUUUCCCUCCUUGGUUUUAUGCUGGGUCAAACCAUUUUGUGUGUGUGUGUGUGUGUGUGUGUGUGUGAGUUUGUGUGUGGUGUGUGUGGGUGUGUGUGUGGGACAGUGUUUUGCCAGGUGAUUGAAUGCCUGUUAUUGUUAAUUUCCCAGGUUGUCCUUGUCUCAUACCCCUUUCCUUCAAUUUUCAUACGUUCUAUUGUAUCAAUAAAGUACAGAGUCAUUCAUUUUGAGAAAGUAAUAAUUUCUAUGAAUAUAAUUGGGCCCCCUAUUUAUAUUGUAUAGCAUCAACCAUCAAUCAUAGAUCAUUUCAAAUUGCAAAUGUCCUGGUUAAAUACAAUAUAAAUCAGCCGAUCUGCGCAAUGGAGAGAACAGGGGAGGUCGACAACACGUUCCUAUAUUGGCCAUGAAAGCCGUUUAUAUAUUGACCUUGAAAGCGAUAUAUGCAUACAAUCAUCAUACACUUAGUCCCUUUGAGGCUCAUCCUGUCAUCCUUUCCCCAGGGUCACUACUGUCCAGUGGGCUCGCCCCUAGCCCUGCCCUGUCCAACAGGAGGCUACCAGCCCAACGCAGGCUCAGAGAGCUGCAUCCCCUGCCGGCCGGGCUACUACUGCGAGGAGGCUAUAGUGGGGGACCCUUUGCCCUGCCCACCACACUCUUUCUGCCCUGCUGGGACCAUGGUGCCCCACCACUGCCCUGCUGGCACACACACACUGCUGGAGCAGGGGGGGCUGCAGAGCGAGAGGGAGUGCUUACCCUGCCCCCCCGGGAGCUUCUGCAGGGCUGGGAGGAUCCAGGGAGAGUGCGCCGCAGGCUAUGUCUGUGCGUCUGGUGGCGCAGAUUUCACUCCACAGGGCUCUGAAUGGAGCUGGAACCACUGUGAGUGGGGAGUCCAGUGUGCUGGUCUGUGUCCACCAGGCUUCUACUGCCCUGAGGGCACGGAGAGACCCCAGGUCUGUCCUCCUAACACCAUGAGACAGGCCCCGGGUGGCGCCAGCCUGCAGGACUGUGUAGCGUGUCCGCCCCAUCACUGGUGCAUACCUGGAGACCCGGAGCUCCACCUCUGUCCUGCCGGUCACUACUGCAAUGGUCUGCAGGGGGGCCCCGGCAGAGGGGGGCCCCAGGAGUGUCCGGCCUUCACGUACAGGGCCACUCCAGGGGCCGGGGCCAGGAGCCACUGCCACCCCUGUCCUCCUGGGUCUUACUGUAACACAACAGGUCUCACAUUCACACAAUACACAGAACGGCGUCACAACAUUGCUUUUAGAUUUGUGGAGAUCUUUGGAGAUCCACAAGAUUCACACUUGUAAUUACAUUGUUAAAGGGCCACUGUUUUACCAACAGGUGCGAGUGUUACGUUACCUGACCCACCAGAUGGUUUCUCACACUGAACCAUCUGGGAUGUCGUCCUUGGAAACUGUUUUGAAAAAGGCAGGCACUUUCAGAGACACUUUCCUAGAUACAUACCUUGAAGCCCGGCAAGAUGGAUUCUUGCGCGAUGUUGAUAUUGCAUAUCCA